ACAAAACUAGAAGAAACCCGGAAAUGGAAACGAGUUAGAUGCUUUGCUUUUACUUGAGGCUGAGAGGAGUGAGAAAGGAAAGUGUAACAGGCACGUGUUCCAAAGAAGAGUUGAACAAACGCGCGGAGGUGAGCUCCCGUGGGACCUGCAGGGCGCUGGGUUUCCACCCCAGAGGAACCGAGGGCUCAGGAAGGAAGAUCCCGGGGCAGUCACGGCGAUGGCGUCGCCCUGGAGCCCCGCGGCUGAGACACGCCCGGCCUCACUCUCCAGGCGUGGGACCCCCGAGAGCGCCCGCGCUGGACGAGACAGGUCGCAAUCUUCUUCAACUCCGUCCGCUGCCAGACUCCGUCUACCACCACCUGGCAGCCAGAUCCCGAUCCGCCUUGCCCCGGGGCUCCUACACACGGCGGAGCUUCCUUCCCAGCUCCCCGGGCGGCGCCGACGUGAGGUCACUUCCGGUCGCCGACACGCACGUGGGAGGAAGUGCCACCAAAAGAAUGCAAUGGUGUAAAGAUUCCAGUGGAUGCCAGUAAACCUAAUCCAAAUGACGUGGAGUUCGAUAAUCUGUAUUUGGAUAUGAAUGGGAUUAUCCAUCCCUGUACUCAUCCUGAGGACAAACCAGCACCAAAAAAUGAAGACGAAAUGAUGGUUGCAAUUUUUGAGUACAUUGACAGACUUUUCAACAUUGUAAGACCAAGACGACUUCUCUACAUGGCAAUCGAUGGAGUGGCACCACGUGCUAAAAUGAACCAGCAGCGUUCGAGGAGGUUCAGAGCAUCAAAAGAAGGAAUGGAAGCAGCAGUCGAGAAGCAGCGAGUCAGGGAAGAAAUACUGGCCAAAGGUGGCUUUCUUCCUCCAGAAGAAAUAAAAGAAAGAUUUGACAGCAACUGUAUUACACCUGGAACUGAGUUCAUGGACAAUCUUGCUAAAUGCCUUCGCUAUUACAUAGCUGAUCGUUUAAAUAAUGACCCUGGGUGGAAAAAUUUGACAGUUAUUUUAUCUGAUGCUAGUGCUCCUGGUGAAGGAGAACACAAAAUCAUGGAUUACAUUAGAAGACAAAGAGCUCAACCUAACCAUGACCCAAAUACUCAUCAUUGCUUAUGUGGAGCGGAUGCUGAUCUCAUUAUGCUCGGCCUUGCCACCCACGAGCCCAACUUUACAAUAAUUAGAGAAGAAUUCAAACCAAACAAACCCAAACCAUGUGGUCUUUGUAAUCAGUUUGGACAUGAGGUCAAGGAUUGUGAAGGUUUACCAAGAGAAAAAAAGGGAACGCAUGAUGAACUUGCAGAUAGCCUUCCUUCUGCAGAAGGAGAGUUUAUCUUCCUACGGCUUAAUGUUCUUCGUGAGUAUUUGGAAAGAGAACUCACCAUGGCCAGCCUCCCAUUCACAUUCGAUGUUGAGAGGAGCAUUGAUGACUGGGUCUUCAUGUGCUUCUUUGUGGGAAAUGACUUCCUUCCUCACUUGCCAUCCUUAGAGAUUAGGGAAGGUGCAAUUGACCGUUUGGUUAACAUAUACAAAAAUGUGGUACACAAAACUGGGGGUUACCUUACAGAAAGUGGUUAUGUCAAUCUGCAAAGAGUACAGAUGAUCAUGUUAGCAGUUGGUGAAGUUGAGGAUAGCAUUUUUAAAAAGAGAAAGGAUGAUGAGGACAGUUUCAGAAGACGACAGAAAGAAAAAAGAAAGAGAAUGAAGAGAGAUCAACCAGCUUUUACUCCUGGUGGAAUAUUAACCCCUCAUGCCUUGGGUUCAAGAAAUUCACCAGGUUGCCAAGUAGCCAAUAAUCCUAGACAAGCAGCCUAUGAAAUGAGGAUGCAGAAUAACUCCAGUCCUUCAGUGUCUCCUAAUGUGAGUUUCUCAUCCGAUGGCUCCCCGUCUCCACUAGGAGGAAUUAAGCGAAAAGCAGACGACAGCGACAGUGAACCUGAGCCCGAGGAUAAUGUCAGGUUAUGGGAAGCUGGUUGGAAGCAGAGGUACUACAAGAACAAAUUUGAUGUUGAUGCAGCUGAUGAGAAAUUCCGACGUAAAGUGGUCCAGUCGUACGUUGAAGGGCUUUGCUGGGUUCUUCGGUAUUACUACCAGGGCUGUGCCUCCUGGAAGUGGUAUUAUCCGUUUCAUUAUGCACCAUUUGCAUCAGACUUUGAAGGUAUUGCAGACAUGCCUUCUGAUUUUGAGAAAGGCACGAAACCGUUUAAACCACUGGAACAGCUUAUGGGAGUUUUUCCAGCUGCAAGUGGUAACUUUCUGCCUCCGUCUUGGCGGAAGCUCAUGAGCGAUCCAGAUUCUAGUAUAAUCGACUUCUAUCCUGAAGAUUUUGCUAUUGACUUGAAUGGGAAGAAAUAUGCAUGGCAAGGGGUGGCUCUGCUGCCGUUUGUGGACGAGCGAAGGCUGCGGGCUGCGCUGGAGGAGGUGUACCCAGACCUCACUCCCGAAGAGACCCGGAGAAACAGCCUUGGAGGCGACGUGUUGUUUGUGGGGAAACAUCACCCACUCCAUGACUUCAUUUCAGAGCUAUACCAGACAGGGUCCACAGAGCCUGUGGAUGUGCCACCUGAACUGUGCCAUGGGAUUCAAGGGAAGUUUUCUUUGGAUGAAGAAGCUGUUCUUCCAGAUCAUGUAGUGUGUUCUCCUGUUCCCCUGUUACGGGACCUGACACAGAAUACUGCAAUCAGUAUUAAUUUUAAAGACCCACAGUUUGCUGAAGAUUACAUUUUUAAAGCUGUCAUGCUUCCAGGAGCAAGGAAGCCAGCAGCAGUUCUGAAACCUAGUGACUGGGAAAAAUCUAGCAAUGGGCGGCAGUGGAAGCCACAGCUUGGCUUUAACCGGGACCGGCGGCCUGUCCACCUGGAUCAGGCAGCUUUCAGGACUUUGGGCCACGUUAUGCCCAGAGGCUCAGGAACAGGCGUUUACAGCAAUGCUGCUCCUCCACCUGCGACUUACCAGGGCAGCCUAUACAGGCCACUGCUGCGAGGACAAGCCCAGAUCCCCAAACUCAUGUCAAAUAUGAGGCCCCAGGAUUCCUGGCGAGGACCUCCUCCUCUUUUCCAGCAGCAAAGAUUUGACAGAGGCGUUGGGGCUGAACCUCUGCUGCCAUGGAACCGGAUGCUCCAAACCCAAAAUGCACCCUUCCAGCCAAACCAGUACCAAAUGCUAGCCGGGCCCGGCGGGUGUCCACCAAGACGAGAUGAUCGCGGAGGGAGACAGGGCUACCCCAGAGAAGGAAGGAAAUACCCGCUGCCACCACCCUCAGGAAGAUACAGUUGGAAUUAAGCUUUCGUAAAGCUUUCCCAAGUCCUUUCAUCACUCUCCAGUUUUAUGCUAUUUGUGGAAAGGAGAUUUCUUUCUCAAGUAGUAGUUUUUAAUAAAACUACAGUACUUUGUGUAUUUCUUUUAACUGUGUAUAUUUCUACUGAUCUGAUCUCACUGUUUUAUGUUGCUUUCCAAAGAUGUGUGUUGCAUAAUACAGUGGAUCUGAAUUUAUUAUUGCUUGUAAACACAUUUGAUAGAAUAGGAAUACUGGUUUUUCAUUAUGAUUAAAAAAUCAAUCCAGCUGUGAAUUUCAAAACACAGUAUAUUCUAGAUCAUCCAAGAGCCAUGCUGAUUUUUAAUGCCCAAGAAUUAGGUAUGAACUUUUGAGCUGGAACCCUCAGCAAACUAGAAUAUAUAUUGUUCCGUAUUUCUUUGGAAACAUUUCAUUAAUGUACUUGUCUUACAGAAAUUUCUGGACUUUAGUAAAAAAAAAUAAAGCUAAACUUUAAAAACUC